CCGGCUUGCUGUCAAUGUCAAAGAAAACCAAGCAAACUGUUCAUAUUAUUGAAAAUUUGCGUUUUCUUUAAUAAUUAUGAGAUAAAAUUGAUAUAAUACAUAGUUAUGUGACAUCCAUGUUCUUUUAAAAGUUCUAUCAUAGCGUGACGCUAUCCGUGAGUGUCGGUAUUUUGCAUUUUAAGUGUGCGUUAAAAGCCGUUCGCUUGUACUGUUAUAAUGGCUAAAUCACAAAUAAAUACUAAAUCCAGCAACUACAUAAAGGACAGAGAAGGUUUCCUGAAGGAGUUGAAGCAGUUCAAUGAGAGUAAAAAUCUACCAACAAAAGUGCCAAUAGUGAAUGGCAUAGAAAUAGAUCUGUAUCUCUUCUACACUUUGGUACAACAGCGAGGUGGACUCAGCAAGGUAAAUCAAAAUGAUACUUGGGAGUCAUUUCUGCGACCACUGAGGCUGCCACAUCCGUGUGUCAAUGGAUCUACCCUUCUUAGAAGAAUAUAUGGGUCCUAUUUGGAAAAGUAUGAGCGAGCAAAGGGUCCACCAGGCAGAGAUGACGACAACGAUAUGGAUGAAGACCCUCGCCGAGGAAGGGGGGGCAUGCCGCGAAUAUCCUAUGGUGGGGGUACGUACAUAUCAGCAUCAGGUGAGGCGCUUCGCACCAGUUCCCGGGUGGCUGCAGCAUCAGAACGGCUGGCCCUCUCACUCUUGUCACCGAUGCCCAACGAACAAGACUUUGCCGUCAAUGUAUGCACGGUACUGGCAGCCGACCACUCGAAUAGACUGCCAUUGAGUACUACGCCACAUAUAUUGGACUUUUUGCUGGCUCAUGCGGGCGUUUAUAAUCAUUCGAGUCUCCGCGACACGAUCGGCCGUUCCUACUACGAGGCUCGGGGUCGUUACCCAGACGACUUUUGGAGUAUGCGCGCCGGCGGUGGCGGGGCCAAGGAGUUAGCUGACGAGACCAAAUUCAUGCAGCCCGGAGUGGAACAACCCGAACUGAUUGUGCAAGCUAGGGCUGCUUAUAAUACUCUGACGGAUUGCCUGUUGAAUGGAGCUGAGGAAGAAGAAUUGCUUGUGGAGAAGAUAUUGGAUGAUGAUAUUCUAGAAGACUGGGUAACGGAGCCCUCAGAAGAGUUGUUCGCGCCCGAACUCCCAGGGGGCGCCACUUGCGUGUAUACUCAACGGGUACUGCAGAUAGCUUCCAUAGUUCGCUCGCUGUCCUUCCACGAUGAAAACGUGCAGUAUUUAGCUAAGAACACCACGCUUAUAAGAUUCCUAUUGCUCUGCGCAAACUGUUGGGUAGGCACAUUGCGGCAAUCUGGUCUGGACACACUAGGAAAUGUAUCAACUGAACUUAUCAUCAAGGACCCAGCAACAUGUCUGAUAUCCCGUCAUGUGCUGUCAACGAUUCAGUCGGCCUUAGUGUCACAGGACCGAGCUAGGGUACUUGCAGCGCUUGAACUGCUGAAUAAACUCGCUCAGAACGAAAUUAAUGAAGAUGCGCUGCUUAAAGCGCUUGAAGCUAAGGUGUAUCAAGAAGUAUGCGCUCUACUAACUCUCCGCGACAUAAUGGUACUAGUAUGUACACUGGAAUGCGUUUACGCGCUCACUUCGCUCGGCGACCGCGCGAGCGAAGCCGUGGCCAGAGUGCCCGGCCUUAUUCACACGCUCGUCUCCCUCGUCACUGUGGAGGCACAAAGCUACGGGCCCCGGGCCUGCAUACUGAUGCGCGUGGUGGAGACGGUGAGCGGGCCCAGCGCCCUCGCCGCGCAGGCCGAGCGAGAGGCGCACGAGCGACUCGGACAACAGCAGGCGGCUCAAGUGGCCAUUAAACCCGCGACGGAAGCCCCUCAAGCGACCACUGCAGCUGUCACCACUUCAUCGUCCACUUUGGCGCCCGUGACGUCGAUACAGCAGUCUCAUUUACAGCAGAGAACUGUGCAGGUGAGUGAUACUAAGGAAAACGAGCACUUCGCGCAAGCAUGGCUUCGCUCGGCAUACGAAGUGUUGCCGGCGUCGGACAACAGCGCGUGCGAUGCUAACGAGAUGUACCGACAAUAUGUCGCGUGCUGCACUAAGCUCGCCAGGAAGGGCGUUAUUGCGCCACAACACUUCCCUAGAUUAGUCCGUACGGUGUUCGGCGGUACAGUGGGACCCAACUCAGUGACGCUAGCAACUGGAGAGACUCAACAAGUCUACAUCGGAAUUAGAUCCAGAACUAUGCAGAACAGGCCUAGUCCUACUGCGGGACCUUCAUCGCCAAUAUUAAAAGCUCAGCUCACGAAUAAGGCAGCGACUGAAACGAAGCCCGCUGUAUCGACACCCCAAGUACAGACGCAAGCGCAACCCACAGCGGCCCACCCGCAUCUAUCUCAAGCGCUCGAGUCGAAUCCUUCGAACACGACGCUAAUAAAGCAUUUGUUAGCGCACAAAGUAAGCCCCGCACUACAGACACCGCAAGUAGCGCAGAGACAACAGAGUCAACAGCGAGGACCUGCCACUCCUAGCACUGUUGUUGUUCAAACUAACCAGGUAAUGGAUGUCGACCCCGAAGCUUUAAUCAAGUGUACGACGAUAACGCCGGGCGGUGUUGCCAGUAGUACACCUGAUAAGGUUGUUAUCAACCAGCCAGAAGAUCUUUUAGUACCGAAAGAAGAACCAGUGCAGAUUCAAAUAGACGAGCAAACGCAAUUGACCAUCAAAUCAGCCCAAAACAAAAUGCUAGCAGACUUACUGAAGAAAAACUCCAACCCUCCUUUACAAGUGGUUCAAAUGGGCCCCCAGAUUAACGCCCCCACCAUACAAAUAACUGAAACGGGUCAAAUCGUUCAGGUCAAAUCUGACCCCACGCCUGUCAUACAAAUCAACGACCCAGGCAUAGUAUCACAAGGAAACCAAUACUUUCAAAUAAAGAACGAACAGGGUCAACUCAUUCAAAUAAAGAACGAACAAGGUCAAAUCAUUCAGUUGAAGAGUGACCAAUUACAAGCUCCGAUUCUUCAGUAUAAGAAUGAACAAGGACAGUUGGUUCAAGUGAAGGCAGAAGGUCAAUUGUCUAUGAAAAGUGAGAAGGAGGUUGAAUCUGUUGUUGGUGUUGGUGAUCAUUCGUAUACGGAACCACCGGCUAAGAAGGCGAAGGUGGAAGAUAAGCCGCCACAAGAAAGCGUGUCGAAGACAGCAGCGAAUCUUUACGCGGCGCUCGCUGCUUCAGCAUUGGAAGAUGAAGAGGAUUUGCUGCCACCGAAGCAAGAGCCGGUAGAAAUGAUACAGCCUUCGGUUUUGAUGACUGCAGCCGGUGAAAACUCUGUCAUCAUACAAGAACCUAUUUUACAGGUGCAACAACCAACGAUGUCGGUGCAACAGCCGACGAUACAAGUGCAACAACCGACUCUGCAGGUGCAACAACCGACGUUACAGGUUCAAGCACCUAUACAGCAAACUAUACAGAUGCAACAGCCGAUGCUACAAGUACAACCGAUGGACGUACAGAAUAUUAUUGCUUCUCAAGCUGGCCAGCUUAUCUUGCAAGAGAAAACAAUAUCAACUCAACCACAAUUCAUGCAGCAACCGAUGCAGAUUAUAGCUACACCGAGCAAUGCUCAAGGUGGAAUAAGUUAUAUCGCCCAAAACAUCCCAGGGAAUAUGAUGCAGAAAACUAUUAUCAUAGUUCAAGGACCAACCGGCGGGGGACCUCUCACUUUGACGGUGAACAACCCAGGCGGUUUGGACGAGGCAACGCUAAACAGCCUUAUUACGCAGGCAACAGAGGCGAUAACGCAACAGCAUAUUAUACAGAACGCCCCCCAAAUAACGCCCAGCCAGCAACCUAUAAUAACCAACCCUCCGCAACCGCAUAAGGCUCAGAUCGUCAACCAGCAACCGCCGCAACAAAUUGUGGUUACUCAGAAACAACCACCGGCUCUUAUCAGUACUUCAACCAGUAAUCAGAUUGUUACCAGUAAUGCUCAGCUUAUUCAAGGUAACCAACAACUCCUACAAGGCCAACAACAAAUUAUAACAGUAUCAAACAACCAGCCGAUUAUAAUGAACGCCCCGAUAAAGACGAACGUGCACCGAAUGGUUCAGCAACCACAGCGGAGUCCUGUAGUGACCAGUGUGCAGAGCAACCAGGUGUCCGUCGUUAGUGAGGCCAAGACUAGCGUUAUACAGAGUUGUGCGAAGGCUACAACACAACCGGUGAUGAGACAGGUGAUCACCCGUCAACCAGUCAUGGUUGGCAACACCAAGAUCGGUGAUAAAGAGCUCGUCGUCAACCAACCUGUUCCCGAGCAGAAGGUGACGCCGCCCCCUGUGCCGUCGGCCACGCCCCCUCCCGCCCCCACGCCGCAGCCGCCGCCCGCCACCAGCCCCCUCGAAGAGACGCCGUGGAUCUGUCACUGGAGAGGAUGUGGGAAGUCAUUCGGCAGUGCAGCAGAUGUGUUCACCCACGCGGCCCGCACCCACUGUCCGCCGGCGGCGGGCGGCGAGGCGCCGUGCAUGUGGCUGGACUGUGACCGAGUGCCGCGCAAGACAUUCGCGCUGCUCAACCAUCUCACCGACAAACAUUGUACUGUGCAGGCAUUAAAAGCUAUCUACAAUUCGCGACGUCACGCGGCCGCGGAAGGGACUGACGGCAAACCCGUCACUCUCGGCUACCCGCCCAACGCUGCUCUAGCGGCCCUGAACAAACAUGCCGCCGAUAUGUUCAAUCCUAGAGAACUUAUGCACAGGGCCGAACUCAGUCGCACGCCGGAACAACUGGAUGAGAACGAGGGUCCGGUAACGAAGAGUAUAAGAUUGACAGCAGCACUUAUAUUAAGGAAUAUUGUCAUUUAUUCUAAUACUGGACGGAGACAACUCCGAUCAUACGAGGCUCACUUGGCAACCAUCGCGUUAAGCAGCGUGGAAGCUUCUCGAACAAUCGCCCAAGUUCUGUACGACAUGAACAACAUUUGAGAAUCGACAACCGGGCACCGAGCCCAUGACUAGCGAUUACAGUACAUACCGCCACUGUAAACUGAUAGACAGAGAUUGAAAAAUGAUUGGAAUGUACUUUCUUCUUUCCGAAGUAAAAUCUAAGAUGGCGACAUUUCAUCGAUAAAAAUUUGAAACAAUAUUGUCACAUCACUGGGUUACAUCGAUAUUGUAAAAGGAAUUAGAAAGCGUUCGUUUCGGAAUGACAAGAUUGUAAUGCCUAGACUAACUAUUUGGAAGGCAUGAUUAAAGUUGUGUUUGGAAAAGAAAGGAAAAGUGGUUGUUUCGUGUUGUAUGUGAUUGAAAGUUCUGCGUGUACCGACUGUUCAAAACGCAAGUGCAGUUAUUUGUUGUCUAUCUUUUUAUAGCUAGUGAUCUGAAUUAAAUACGAACUCUUAAUAUUUAAGAAAAUGUGUGCAAAUUAGACCUUGGAUAAUAUUUAGAGUUAAUUUAGUUUUAUAAUAGAGAAUAAUAUGACAGCUUUUUGAGUUUUAAGCAUACUUAAAAUGGGUGCAGAACAUAUUUUUUAUGUGAUUAGGUAUAAUUUUAUCAUUUGUUGAGACUUAAAUUCCGAUUUCGUUAUAAGAAUUUGUUAUCUUUCACAAAAUCUGGUUUAUUAAUGAUUGUCAACUGUGCAAGUGCAUCGGUGAUCCUACUAAAGCGAUUUUAGACUAGCGUUUUUUCUGAGCGUAUUAGUCGUUUUGGCAUAUUUUUUUCAGUCAAUUCUAAUAUGAGUGUUUGGCGAAAUUACAAAGCGUACACGCACAUAUCAAUACGCUUGUCUAAAACCACUCGAAUGUACUAAAUCCAAUUUGAAAAAUAUCAACAAUUUCAGUGUUAUUCUGGUAAUACUCGCAAUGUCAUAGAUUUAUCUAUAAGCAGUUUUAUACUGAAAAAUAAUGAUAAAACCAGUAGUUAUGUGCGUAUACAAUCAUUUGCUUAAUGUAUCGAAUUCAAACCUCUUUCUUUGAAAUUGUUUCAAAUAGAUUGCAAUCAACACAGAUGAACUUUAUAUACUUUCAAAUUAUCAUUUACCACAUGUAGAUAAAUAGAUUAGAGGAAUAUUAUUAGUCAGAUUGUAAAAUUGAUAAGUUUUUUGUUUUUAUAGGCCACAGAUGGUUGAAUUUCUUACAAGUAUAAGCCUGAGGUUUCACAAAUACCAUUAUAUGCUUUUAUCAUAUUGUAAAAUAUCUCAUUGUACAUGAUUAAUAGGAAUUUAUUGAAUUAAAACUAAGUGGAAGUUGUGAAUGACAAGUAUUAUUUUUGCAAGUCCGAGUGAAUGAUUAAUAGUAAAAUAACUAGGGAGACUACAAUGAUGACAGUGAAUCGAUGUAAGCGCAACGGAAAAUAAAUAAUUUUAGAUA